AUGAUUAGCAUAGUCAACGAGAUCUUAAACAAGCAUGACUACAACAUGAUUAGUUAUAUCUCUAAGGGAUCAUUCGGAUCCUGCUACCUCGUCUAUAGCAAGAAGUACAAAAUGCAAUUUGUUUGCAAAGUCUCAUCAUGGCAUACAUUCGAUGGAAUCAACAAGCAAUCAUUUGAUAGAGAAGUUAAGGCCCUCACAUCCUUAAAUCAUCCAAAUAUUGUUAGAGUUUAUGAUGUCUUCACAGGUUUGAACUACUUAUUCCUUAUUCUUGAGUUCUGCAGUGGUGGAAGCCUCUUAGAUCUUAUCAAUUCUGGUAAGAGAAUCCCAGAAGCUGACGUUAUUAAGUACUCCCGUCAAAUUUGCGACGCUCUCUCCUUCAUGCACGAAAAAGGUUUCGCUCAUUGCGAUAUCAAACUCUCAAAUGUACUCAUCAAUGAUUUUGGCAGAGCCAAACUCUGCGAUUUCGGCCUUACUCAGUUCAUCAAUCAAAAAACCGUUGAAGUUUCUGAGGAAAACGAUGACGAAUGCUCUUCAGAAUCCUCUUCUAAAUCAUCACAGGUUGCCGGAACACUUAAUUUCAUGGCACCAGAGGUCAUGAUGCAGCAACCAUAUGAUCCAUUCAAAGCUGACGUCUGGUCAUUCGGUGUUACAUUAUAUUGCCUUGCCACAGGUCGCCUUCCAUUCCGCACAACAAGCUACGAAGUUCUUGUUUCUGACUACAAGAGAGGUCUCGAUACUCGUCGUAUCAGCAACAACGACUUAAAGGAAAUCAUAACGAUGUGCCUCGAAUUCAGCCCAGAGGUUCGCCCAACAAUGAAGCUUGUUAUGAAGAAGGUUUCCCAGCGUUUCCAUGAAGCAGCUUCAAUGAAGCCAAAGGCUUUCUCUGUUCUUGGAAAUGUUGCUCGUGCUCAGCUCAUCAAUGGAAACAGAAGACUUAGAAAUGCUCCAAAGACUAUUCUUUUAUAA